UGUCAUAAAUCGGUCCCUUUUGUUUUUUUUCGAUUUAGGGUUUCUAAGCCCUUUUGUCUAUUUUUUCUUUUCUCAAUUUCACCCCCAAAAUUAAAUCUUUCUUCAGAGAGAGAUUUACAAAUUUUCAUCUCCCCAAAUCUGGGUUUCAUCGAUUCUUUGAAAAAUUUGUCCUAAGAUUUUGAUUUUGACCGGAAAAUUCUCAUAUUUCGCCGGCGACUCUGAAGCUGUAAAUUCAUUCUCCGGCGACGUCGUCUGUGAAAUAUGGAGGGGAUCAGUCAUCCUAUACCUCGUACCGUUGAAGAGGUCUUUAGCGACUUCAGAGGUCGACGAGCUGGUCUUAUCAAAGCUCUCACAAACGAUAUGGUGAAGUUUUACCAAACGUGUGAUCCUGAGAAGGAGAACUUGUGCCUCUAUGGACUUCCAAAUGAGACAUGGGAAGUUAAUCUUCCUGUCGAGGAAGUUCCUCCUGAGCUUCCUGAACCAGCUUUAGGCAUCAAUUUCGCUAGAGACGGGAUGCAAGAAAAGGACUGGGUAUCUUUGGUUGCAGUUCACAGCGAUUCAUGGCUUCUUUCUGUUGCAUUUUACUUUGGUGCACGUUUUGGAUUCGGUAAGAACGAGAGGAAGAGGCUAUUCCAGAUGAUUAACGAGCUGCCAACCAUUUUCGAAGUUGUGACCGGCAAUGCAAAGCAGUCCAAGGAUCAAUCUGGUAACAACAACAAUAGCAAAAGCAAAUCUAGUGGCAUCAAGCAGUCUCGCCAUUCGGAAUCUCUCACAAAAGUUGCAAAGAUGUCAUCUCCACCACCAAAAGACGAUGAUGAAAGUGAAGACGAGGAUGAAGACGAUGAACAAGGUGCGGUUUGUGGCGCUUGUGGAGACAAUUACGGUACAGAUGAGUUCUGGAUUUGCUGCGACGCAUGUGAGAAAUGGUUCCAUGGGAAAUGUGUGAAGAUAACACCUGCAAAAGCAGAAAGCAUCAAGCAUUACAAAUGCCCAAGUUGCAGUAACAAGAGAGCCAGACCUUGAAGUUAAAUAAUCAAAUUGGAAGAGGUAAACAAGUUAGGAGAGUUGUGCAAAGAAGGAGCUGAAGUUCCCAGUUUAUAAGAAAUUGCCAGUAAAAGGGGCUUUAGAAGAUGAAGUUGUAAGAAGGUUCAAAAUAAGAUACUUUUUUUUUUAGUCUUUAUUGUGAGAUUAAGACUAUUUAUAAUUGUUUGUCCUUUCUUUUCUUUUUUGGAUUUUUUCUUUUCUUGGUGUUGUUGUUAAUGUUAGUUCUACUACUAAUUUGUUUGGUCUGUUUAAGAUAUUUUAGAUUGAUCAGUAAUUUGCAAAAGUUGUGAAAUUGUUUUGUGCU